UUAUUACUUAAAACUAUGGUUCACAAUAAAUUCUAUAAGUCGGUAAAUGUUUUUGUUGCUAAAGAUGCUGAUGAAACUGGCAAAAAGUUGUUACCAACAAGCCAUGAUGGCACGUUAUCUUUAAAAACUGUGGCUGUUAGCUUUCCGAAUGCCAUUGGUUUAGAAUAUAAGACUAAGGAUGGAUGGUACCAGCAACUUUUAAUGGAUUCAGACGAAACAUUUUUCUUUGAACCUAGCGAUGGUUGGCUGGACAAAACUUUUAUCGUUAUAUCUCCUCCAGUUGAAGCAAUUCCGGAUAUUGUACAGAUGAAAAAAGACAUUCGCCGCAACGAAAAACAGCUCAAAGAGCUUGACGCUCGAAUUUACUCGGCUAUUAUUGAUUCAAAGAACCAUAAAUACCAGCGCCUUAAUCUUAUUGCUGCUGCCGUUUCGCUAUUUAUUUCAUUUACCACGUUUAUUUACACUACCUUUUUUAAAAAAUCUGGCGAUUAAC